AUGGGACGCGUUCGCACGAAGACGGUGAAGAAGGCUUCGCGCCAAAUCAUCGAGAAGUAUUACUCUCGUCUCACGCUUGAUUUCGCGACGAACAAGCGCAUCGCGGAUGAGAUCGCCAUCAUCCCGUCCAAGCGGUUGCGUAACAAGAUUGCGGGUUUUACCACGCACUUGAUGAAGCGCAUUCAACGUGGCCCGGUGCGUGGUAUCUCUCUUAAGCUUCAAGAGGAGGAGCGUGAGCGACGCAUGGACUUUGUUCCGGAGAAGUCUGCGCUCGACGUCGACUCGAUCGAGGUUGACCGCGACACCAUGGACAUGUUGAAGUCGAUGAACAUGGGCAGCUUGCCGGGCGUGACCGUGUCCAGCCGCUCGCACUACAACAAGGGUCCGCGUCGCGAUCGCGCGUAA